AUGGUUUUGAAUAUAAUUGGUGAACACGAUGAUGAUAGUUUGGAUUUUGAUAUAACCGCUUCUGGAUCAAUGUGAGUUUUUCUCUUCCUGUUUACGCUUUUUGCUCAAUAGUGAUAUCAUUUGAAGAAAAGGUUUUUAAUUGGAGUUUCGAAAGGGGAAACUUUUUCUGCGCAGAACUUUGAUCGUGUCUCUUAUAGACACUCUAAUUAGGCGCAAGAAACAAAUUAGUGGGGGUCUUGAGUUUGUUUUAAUUUGAAUCUGUGCAGGCAGGCACCUCUCGUUCUUUUCCUUUUUCGACGUUGAAAACUGGAAUAAAAAACAACAUCGAAGUAGUAAUGAUUUCUUGGCCUACUGAGAUACAUAUACUCUCGAAACCUACUCAUUUAUUCAUAUGUGUUUGCACUGCCACACAUUUCAUAUAUAUGCAAUUAGUUUGAGCUCCGCCUAUGGAGGUCUUAUGAACACUUACUUUCUUUCAUUUACUAUUUUAUUCUUUCUUUCUUUCUUUCUUCAUUCUUGAUGAAUCCCCAAAGAGUUCAACAAUACGCUGAUCGUCAACCAAUCAUGAUUGGUUCAUUCUUUUCGGCCGAAUAUGGCACGAGAUAUUUGGCAAGACAUGGGUGAGAUAACAAAAUAUCAAAAUAUUCGAACUAGCUGUUUUUGAAUCAUCAUAAAUCAAUAAUUGCAGAGUUUCGAAUCCAUUGACACCACCACCACCAACUCUUCGCAAAUCUUUGUGCACUCGCUAUCAAAAUCAAUGCGCAUUCUGUUUCAUGUUCGUUUUUGUCAUCGGAAUCAUCGGAUCAAUCAUUCUUCUUUUCACCAACUGGGAUAAAAUUCACUUGUAA